CUCUUUCCUUUUCUUCUUCUCUUUCUUGUUCUUUCAUUUUUGUUCGGCAAACGGUCGGCAGAUCUUCUUUUCCUUCUCUUUUCUUGUUUUUCCUUGCAUUUUUUUUUCUCUUUUGUUGUUUGCUCUCACUUUUAUUGUGUGAAAUUAUAGCAAUUGAAGCGCCCUCUUCUCUGCCGUUCGCAUCGCCGUCGUCGUCUGCCGCGCGAGGCCACAAAUCUAAAAAUUGAUCUCUUAUCGUUCUUUGUCUUUACUUCUAUCGAAGAGUUUGGUCCAAGUAGCUGAGGUACGUAAUUCUCGAAUGGAUUCGGAGAUAAUCGUGCACGGUGGCGGAUGCCACUGCAAAAGAGUAAGAUGGAAAGUACGAGCUCCACCAAGCGUUGUAGCCUGGCAAUGCAACUGCUCAGAUUGCUCCAUGAGGGGAAAUACUCAUUUCAUUGUUCCGUCCAGCGAUUUUGAGCUUGAUGAAGACUCCAAACAGUUCCUCACUACAUAUACAUUCGGCACGCACACUGCAAAGCACAUUUUCUGCAGAGUUUGUGGCAUUACUUCCUUCUACAUUCCAAGAUCAAAUCCGGAUGGCAUAGCGGUUACGUUCAGGUGUGUAGACCCUGGGACGCUGAAACAUGUCGAAGUCCGACAUUUCGAUGGGCAGAACUGGGAAAGCUCGUUCAAUCAAACUGGCAUUUCCUCAUGUUCGAAGAUAGUUUCCAGGAACCUGGAAUGAGUGGUUGUCUAUGUUAUUCCAUCAGGGGGUGCAUUUCUGUAACGUUGUGAGGGGUUAAAUGCAACAGGAAAUGCCGAUCCACUAAAAUUCCUCGGAAGAAAAAUAAAGGGGCAACGUAACCGCUUCAAAAGUCCCAAAAAAUUGAAGUAA